UAUCGUUUCUCACCGGAAAUCUUUUGGUGUCGGAUAUCCACAGGAAGGUUAGCGUGUUACUUGUUAGCGGUUGCUGCCUUGCUGAAUGUUUGGCAAGAAGUUAUAACACAUCUCGUUCUACCAGUUAAUGUUAGGUAGCUAAUAGGCUAGUUAAAAUAAUUGGGACCUUUGCGUGAAAAAAUAAUUUACAGCGAACUGGCUUUCUAUUUUGUGGACACACUGUCAUGUCACCUAACGUUUCAGAAUUUAAAACGUUGGUCCAAAGGUUCUAUGUGCUUCAGAGUGAACGGAUAGAAGCGUACAAACUCUUUGAGGAGGGACAUGAGGCGUACCUGAGAACGGGGCCCCACUACGACUUUGACCAUUACAGACAGCUGGUCCAUGAGAUUACGCAGGGGUUCAGUGGGAUCUCCAAAGAGGUGCUGGAGAUCAAGGAACGACUGCACCAGGAGUUUGACCGGCCAGACCUAUCCGAGCAUAUCGACAAGCUGCAGUGUAAAGAGAAACAGAAACUGGAGCUGACGGCGAAGCUGCAGUUGGCGAAGCAGAGCGCCCAGGAUCACCCAGAAGACGAGCGCUGCCAGGAGAAGAUUCUAGAAAUCAGACAGGACAUAAUAAAGACCAAGGAGGCCCUGAGCGAGGUUCUGCAGGACUUCAAAUACGACUGCGAGGAGUGACGGACAGGCGUUCCCCCGAGCGUUCCCGCCGCUCCGACAGAGAUCGAUGGACUCCCGUGCCGCAGCUUCCCGACUCCUCUUUUUUUAUUUUUUUAUUUAUUUGUCCAAGUUAUUGAUUCUCAUCCCGGGACCUGAAUCUCUUUAAUGCCGCCUACCCCGACCGCUGCAGUUUUGUGCCGCAUGGAAAAGGUCACUUCAUUGAGAUCGUCUGAGCCGUUGGCGGAGAGCCAUCUCGUCAACACGCCACAGCGCUGCAACUACGGCUCCUCUGGAAACCGCGUCGACCGGCAGACUUUAAAACCACUUUAAAAAGCUUUAAAAAGCGCGUCACAGGUGGCGUUACUCCUUGCUUUAUUUGUUCUACAAGCAAUUAUUGCUCAAUUAACAUUGACAUAUCACUGACGUUGAUGCUACCUUACACAUAACUUAAGCAAAUAAACCAUGACUUUAGAUAAUUAAAUAUGCUGAUACAAUUCAAUACAAAAAUAAAGGCAAUGCGAAACUAAAA